AUGGAGAAAACAACUGAUUACAUCUCGGCGGCAGCACAAGUGGUGGUCAUACUCAUGAUGGCAGCGGCGCUCAUGUCCCCGCUCUGCUGCGCCGCUGCUCCAAGUCCACCGGCGAUGGGUCUGCCGGGCUGCGAGACCCGCUGCGGCAACGUGAGCGUGCCGUACCCCUUCGGCAUAGGGCCGGCCAGGUGCUACCGCUCGCGGGGGUUCAAGCUCACCUGCGUCGACCACGGAAACAGCAGCAAGAUCCCGAGGCUUCUGCUGGGUGACGGCAGCGCCAGCGCGUUCGAGGUGGUCGGCAUCACGCUGGAGAACAACACGAUGCGCGUCAUCAGCCACGGAGUGCACGCCAUAAACAUAAGCGGUGGCUCCGGGCGGUGGAGCCUCGGCGACAACGAACUGCCGUACAAGCUGAACCCGUGGUUGAACGAGUUCAUCGUCACGGGUUGCAAUGUGCAGGCGACGCUGGUGGGGAAUGGGAGCCUCGUCAGCGGCUGCGCUUCUUUCUGCGCCGCCGAUGGCCAUGGCGAUGGCGCCAUCUAUGACCAGGCAACCUCCAACGUCCGCUCCCACAUCGGCUGCUGCCAGUCGUCCAUCCAAGCUGCCAGCGCAUCCUACGGCGUGGAGCUCAAGCGGCUCGACGCCAACCUGCCCAAGGUCAGCGAUGUUGAUUUGCCCGUGAGCGUGCUCAUCGCCGAGGUGAGCUGGUUCGACUUCGGCCAGACCCUGGACGACCUCAAAGGUCUCUCAAGGAAAGCUGAUCGGCUCAGGGUCCCCGUGAUUCUCUGGUGGGGGCUAGCGCACGACGCAUCAGCAAAUUAUCCUAACUCAUUCAAAUGCCCCGGCCAUGUAGCCCGGAGCAUCUGCAAGAGCGCCAACAGCUAUUGCAGGCAAGACUCGCAGUUAUCUCUUGAAGUCGGAGGCUACUCGUGCCAGUGCAAAGAUGGCUACGAGGGCAACCCUUACCUCACCGGAGGAUGCCAAGAUAUCAAAGAGUGUGAUGAGAAAGAAAAACAUUUCUGCUUCGGCAACUGCGAGGAACUGCCGGGAUCGUUCCGGUGCAGCUGCCCGGAAGGAACCCAUGGCAACCAUUUCAUGCUCGGUGGCUGCAUCAAGUCCACGGACACAACCACAGACACAGGUAACUAUGGUUUGAUCAUUGGUUUGUCGGUUGCUAGCGGACCAUGCAUUCUACUUUUGGCUCUUGGUGCGUUUCUAAUCACCCGAGAUCUUGAGCAACGCAAGGCGAAAGCUUUGAGAGAGAAGUUCUUUAGUCAAAAUCGUGGGCAACUGUUGAAGCAGUUGGUAUCUCACAGAGCAGACAUAGCAGAGAGGAUGCUCAUCUCUUUAGGUGAGCUGGAGAAGGCUACAAACAAUUUUGAUCAGGCUCGUAGGCUUGGUGGUGGAGGGCAUGGCACCGUCUACAAAGGGAUCUUGUCGGAUUUGCAUGUUGUGGCUAUCAAAAAGUCGAAUAUUGUUGUCAAGAGAGAGAUCGACGAGUUCAUAAAUGAGGUUGCCAUACUGUCACAAAUCAACCAUAGGAAUAUUGUGAAGCUCCAUGGAUGUUGCCUUGAGACGGAGGUCCCUUUACUUACUUACGAGUUCAUUUCUAAUGGAACACUCAAUGACCAUCUUCACAACGAAGAACGAGGACCAUUGCCUUGGAAAGAUAGGUUAAGGAUCAUGGGUGAAAUAGGAAAGGCCCUUGCUUACCUUCACUCUGCUAUUUCUAUCCCAGUAAUACAUCGAGAUAUCAAGCCUUCCAACAUACUUCUUGAUGAUGCCUUGACAGCAAAAGUAUCAGACUUCGGAGCUUCAAGGUACAUCCCUGUGGAUAAAACUGGAACAACAACUGCGGUGCAAGGAACUAUAGGGUACUUGGACCCUAUGUAUUAUUAUACUGGACGUCUAACAGAAAAUAGUGAUGUAUAUAGCUUUGGGGUCCUUCUUGUCGAACUGCUUACUAGGAAGAAGCCAUCUUUGUACAGAUCUCCCGAAGGCGAUGGUCUUGUCAUGCAAUUUGUUACAUUACAUGCAGAAGGUAACUUGACCGAAAUAUUGGAUCCACAAGUUGUAGAGGAGGGAGGUAGCGCAGUGAAAGAAGUAGCUACUUUAGCUGCUUUAUGCGUAAAACUGAAAGCAGAGGAUCGACCAACCAUGAGGCAAGUGGAGAUGGCGUUAGAAGCUCUCCAAGCACCCAAGGAGCAUGUCCAGGGUGAUUUGAUAGAAGCAACUAAUGAGAUGAAAUAUGUGGCAAUGGAUACAUCGACCAUCCAACGAGCAAAGCGAAGCGAAGCGACCAGGUGUUAUAGCUUAGAAGAAGAGUUCCUGCUGUCCGCAAGACACCCUCGAUAG